AGUACUGCCGCAGCCAACACCGCCACCCGUUUGCUUUGCGUCGCCACGGGGACACCGCCCGCGCAUGCAUCUCACUUCUCACGCCUCACGCCACGCAUGUACGUAUAUAUCAGCCCCCAGGCUCCUGUGAAGCUCUGACCAAGAGCCGUCGCCGUCAAGCAUUCCGAAACACAUCUGCAGCCUCCUGCAUUCCGGCUGGCGGUGCUCUCCAGGAGUCGGCAUCUUCGACUCUUCGUUGCCAAUUGGCGACGCCUCCAUCCAGCCGCGACAUUGCCAGCAGCAGCCAUCGCUAGCAGCUCAUGGCCCUGCUCCCGCUGUUCCUGAGGCCGGUGGUUCGGUUCGCGGCGCGCGUGGCGGCCGGCGGCCCGGCGGUCGCGGCGGCGACGAUCCUGCACCGCGCCGGCGCGCUGCCGAGGAACAGGGGCCUGGAGCGCCUCGUCCGGGACGACGCGCUCGGCGGCCGCGACGGCAGGGGCGAUGACUGCAUCGCCAGCUUCGUCGUCGGCGUCAUGCGCUGCCUCUGCUAAUCUUGUAGUAUAGGCGGCGCAGCAAAUGCUGGCCAUGGAAGGCAUGACAUGCACGUCGCCAUGACAUGACCAGGUCGAUGUAGAUUCGGUUGGCUAGCUAGAGCUAGAGUGUGGAAAUGGACUCCAUUGUUCGGAGGAAAAAUCACCUUGAAAUUUGUAACAGGGAACUUGCAUUGUAAUGCUAAUCUUUUAUCUUUGGCGUCACCUCUCAA